UUGGCCACAAAGAAAUAAUAACUAGGACUCUUGGUCAUUAGCAGCUGCUGCAGCUCACUGCUCCUUCAUUUCUGUCCCACUCAUGAAAACGAAAAGGUGUUAAAGGACGUACUGCUGACAUCAAAUCCUCGGCAGAGAGGAAAGUUGAAAUAUUCAGAGAUGGGUUUUGGAGAGGACCUGCGGUGCCCCCAGGCACAUGCAGCUGUCAUGCGGCUGCUGGACUCAGAGCUUCACCUGAUGGAGGUCAUGAAGAAGUGGAUGGGUCAGCGGGCUAAGAGUGAGCGGGAGUUUUCAGUGCAGCUGCACCACAUGGCUGCCAUGGCGGAGAAGCUGGACCGGCCUCAGCCUGGUGCAGGACAGGACUACAUCAGCCAGCUUAACAAGUCGUGGGGAGUGCUGGUCUCUCAGACGGACUACUUCAGUCAGGUGAUGAAGAAGCGCUCUGAGGAUCUGCUGAAUGGUCCCAUCAGCAAACUGACGCUGCUCAUCAGAGACAAACAGCAGCUCCGCAAAACCUACGCAGAGCAGUGGAACCUGCUGAGGCAGGAGCUCAGCAAGGUGACCCAGACAGAGUUGGAGAGGCUGAAGAGCAGCUACAGACAGGCAGUGAGAGAGGUAACUCAGGCUAAGAGGAAGUACCAGGAGGCCAAUAAAGAUAAAGAGCGAGACAAGGCCAAAGAGCGUUAUGUAAAGGCUUCACUUAAACUCCACGAGCUGCAUAACGAGUAUGUGCUGUCUGUGCGAGCUGCUCAAGUUUACCAUCAGCACCACUACAGUCAGAUCCAGCCUGCGCUGCUCAGUGCACUGCAGACUCUGCAGCAGGAGAUGGUGCUCAUACUAAAGGAGAUCCUGCAAGAGUAUUUCGACAUCUCCACUCUCCUCGAUCAUGAAGUGGUGCGGAUCCACAGGGAGAUAUCUUCUGCUCUCACGGCCAUCGAUCCUCAAAGAGAAUAUGAGAGCUUCAUCCAACAGAACAGAUCUGUAGGCGAGACUCCUGCUUGUGCAGAGUUUGAUUGUAGUCUUCUAGAAGACACUGAGCAGCUACAUCCCAGAGAGAUUGAACUGAACGACCUCACGCUUGAGACAGUCCAGCACAAACUUACUGCGGUAGAGGAGGAACUGCUAGAUCUGGCUCGGACUCUGGGCUCCCAGCAGUCUUCGGUCGAUCAGCUGGAGCUGGAGCUGGACGCAGAGUGGGAAGGUGUCAAAAAGGGCCAGAGAGUCUACCAGUUCAGCAAGAGACAUGCGAUGGAGGAGUGCCGGCAGCAGGUUGCUCUGUCUCAGGGUGUGAGAGCCAAGCUGGAGGUUCAGAGGCUUAUUCUGAAGGAGAAACUGGACCAGCUGGGCUCCAAAGAACCUCCCUGUGCUCUGAAGCUGGACCCAGACACCAUCUCACUUUUGUCCAACACAAGCAACGACCAUAGCCCAUCGUCUUCCAAACCCCUCAUGGACGGGAUCCUAAACAAUCUGAGUGGCCUUUUUAAACCCAAAUGGGAGGUGCUCCCCACCCUCACCCCGGUGCAGGAGGUGGAUCGACCUCUGGGGCAGCAGGACUGGUACCACGGAGCCAUUCCCAGACUGGAGGUCCAGCAGCUGCUGAAGAAUGACGGCGAUUUCUUGAAUCUGUACCGUCUGGAUGGAGAAAGCUUCCACAGUAUCCCACACCUGAUCCAUCAUCUGCUGUCCUCACAUCAACACGUCACCAAGAAGUGUGAUAUAGUGCUGAAUAAACCUGUACUGAAGGACAAGUGGGUCCUGGAACAUGAUGAUAUUAUCUUGGGACCCCUCAUUGGACGGGGUAAUUUUGGAGAAGUGUACAGUGGUCGUUUACGCUCUGAUAACACUCCUGUAGCAGUGAAAUCCUGUAAAGAGAACCUGGCCCCAGAGCAAAAGAGUAAGUUCCUGAUGGAAGCCAGGAUCCUGAAGCAAUACGACCAUCCUAACAUUGUGAAGCUGAUAGGAGUGUGCACUCAGAAACAGCCCAUCUACAUCAUCAUGGAGCUCGUUCAAGGUGGGGAUUUCCUAUCCUUCUUACGGCAUGAGGGUCACAAUCUGAAGCCUAAGAUGAUGGUCAAAAUGACAGAAAAUGUAGCAUCUGGCAUGGAGUUCCUGGAGAGCAAGAAAUGUAUCCACAGGGACCUGGCAGCAAGAAACUGUCUGGUUGCAGAGCAAAAUGUGGUGAAGAUCAGCGACUUUGGGAUGUCCCGUCAGCAAGAUGAUGGUGUCUACUCUGCAGAGGGCAGCCUGAGACAGAUCCCUGUCAAAUGGACGGCUCCUGAGGCCCUGAACUAUGGUCGUUAUACCAAAGAGAGUGACGUCUGGAGCUUUGGAGUCUUACUGUGGGAGACCUUCUCCAUGGGAAUGACGCCCUACACGAGCAUGACUAACCAACAGACACGAGACGAGGUGGAGAAAGGAUACCGUAUGCCUGCUCCACACGGCUGCCCUGUUGAAAUCUCCAGGAUUAUGAACAGCUGCUGGCAGUACGACCCCAGAAAUAGACCGUCUUUCAAGAAACUUCGGGCUGAGCUUAGUGCCAUAUACAACAAAAUUACAUAAUACAAGCCUGAUUAUUUGACAUGCAAAUAGAAACAAAGUGAAAAGUAACUAAUAUUGGACCCCUUUUGUUGUGGAAAUAAACUUGGAAUUGUGUUUUUGACUUGUAAAAUAUCAGUCGACCAGUGGAUGGCA